AUGCCUUCCAGAACGCUCCCUACGUUUACGCGCGCCGAGGUCGAGACGCAUAGCUCAGAGAAAUCCUGCUAUGUCACCAUCGGCACCAAGGUCUACGAUGUCACCGACUUCCUGCCCGACCACCCCGGUGGUGGCCAGCUCAUCAUCGACUAUGCUGGCAAAGACAUCGAAGACAUUUUGAAGGACAGCGUUUCGCACACGCAUAGCGAGGCUGCAUACGAAAUCCUUGACGACUCUCUCGUUGGCUUUGUCGUUGACGAGAAGAACAAGGCGGCCAAUGGAAACGGCACUGCCAAUGGCCAGCCGUAUGUGCACCCGAGAACUGGCAUGGCUACCGAAGAGGACCUCAGCAAAGACACGGACUAUACACAGGACUACAAGAAGCACAAGUUUUUGGAUCUAGGCAAGCCCCUGUUCCCCCAGCUCUGGUAUGGAAACUUCACCAAGGAGUUUUAUCUCGAUCAAGUGCAUCGUCCACGUCACUACAAGGGUGGUCAGUCUGCGCCCCUCUUUGGAAACUUCCUGGAGCCUCUUUCGAAAACCCCAUGGUGGGUGAUUCCAAUCCUCUGGCUUCCCUGCGACGCAUACGGCUCCUUCUUGGCCUUCCAAGGCUUCAAUUACCCCAUCAUCUUUGCGGCAUAUUGGGUCCUUGGCUUCUGCAUUUGGAGCCUCGUGGAAUAUGGUCUGCAUAGAUUCUUGUUCCAUCUUGAUGACUAUCUUCCUGACAACAAAUAUGGCAUCAUUGCGCACUUCUUGCUCCACGGCAUCCACCAUUAUCUGCCCAUGGACAAGUACAGGUUGGUCAUGCCUCCAACCAUGUUUUUGCUGCUUGCAACUCCUUUCUGGUAUCUCGCUCAUACCAUUUUCGCCUACAACUGGUAUGCCGCGACGGCGGUCUACUGCGGCGGCAUUUUCGGUUACAUCUGCUAUGACUUGACCCACUACUUCCUUCACCACGAGAAUCUGCCUCUCUGGUACAAGCAGCUCAAGAAGUACCAUCUGGAGCACCACUUCCUCGAUUACGAGCUUGGCUUCGGCGUCACCACCAAGUUCUGGGACAAUGUGUUUGGUACCGAGCUGAAGCCCAAUGUUGUCAAGACCCAGUAA